AUGCGCCGACGUGUGGCGACCCUGGCGACAUGCAACCUCAACCAGUGGGCGAUGGAUUUCGACGGAAACCUCCGCCGCAUCAUCGAGUCCAUUGAGCGCGCCAGGGCGGCAGGCGCGACAUACAGGGUGGGCCCUGAGCUUGAGGUGCCUGGCUACGGCUGCGAGGACCACUUUCUGGAGCUGGACACUGUCGAGCACUCCUGGGAGGCGCUCACGGAGAUCCUACGCGGCGGCCACACCAAAGGCCUGCUGUGCGAUGUCGGCAUGCCAGUCGUGCACAGAGGCGUGCUGUACAACUGCCGCGUGUUCAUGCUUGACGGCCGCAUCCUGCUGAUUCGCCCCAAGCUCCACCUGGCCAACGAUGGCAACUACCGGGAGCCGCGCUACUUCAGCACGUGGAAGCACAAGGGCGUGCUGGAGGACCAUCUCCUGCCGCCCGACGUCCGCACAAUCACUGGCCAGACCAUGUGCCCCUUUGGUGACGGCGCGCUGCGUCUGUCGGACGCGCUGCUUGCAGCGGAGACCUGCGAGGAGCUCUUUACUCCACAGGCACCCCACAUCUCCCUGGCGCUGGCCGGCGUGGAGAUCAUCAGCAACGGCAGCGGCAGCCACCACCAGCUGCGCAAGCUUGACACACGCCUGGACCUCAUCAACUCCGCAACCGCCAAGGCGGGCGGCGUGUACCUGUACGCCAACCAGCAGGGCUGCGACGGCGGGCGCUUGUACUACGACGGCUGCGCGUGCGUCGCCGUCAACGGCCAGCUGGUGGCGCAGGGCAGCCAGUUCAGCCUCUCAGAUGUUGAGGUUGUGACGGCGGUGGUCGACCUGGACGAGGUGGUGUCGUACCGCGUGGCCAUCAGCAGCCUGAGGGAGCAGGCGUCCGCCAUCGCCGCGCCGGCGCUGGUGGAGGUGCCCUUUGAGCUGUGCACGGGCAAGCCGGGCCGCGAGGCGCAGGUCUCCCUGCCUAUGGAGCCCAGGUACCACCUGCCCGAGGAGGAGAUCGCCCUGGGCCCUGCUGCCUGGCUCUGGGACUACCUCCGUCGCUGCGGCGCCGCUGGCUUCCUGCUGCCGCUCAGUGGUGGCGCCGACAGCAGCGCCACUGCCGCCAUCGUCGGCAGCAUGUGCCAGCUAGUGGUCAAGGCUGUCGCGGCGGGUGAUGCGCUGGUGCUGGCGGACGCGCGCCGCAUUGGCAAGUACGGGGACGCAGAGACCGUAACAGACCCGCAGGAGCUGGCGUCGCGACUGUUCACCACCGUCUACAUGGGCAGCGCAAACAGCUCAAAAGAGACGCGCGACAGGUCUGCCCUGCUGGCCUCCCAGGUGGGGUCCUACCACAUGGACGUGUCCAUUGACUCCAUCGUGGCCUCCCUGCUCACGCUCUUCACCACGGUCACCGGCAAGAUGCCGCGCUUCAGGGCAGACGGCGGCAGCCCCCCGGAGAACCUCGCCCUGCAGAACAUCCAGGCGCGGCUGCGCAUGGUGCUGGCGUUCCUGCUGGCGCAGCUGUCCCCCUGGGCUCGCGGCCGCUCCGGCUGGCUGCUGGUGCUGGGCAGCGCCAACGUCGACGAGGCGCUGCGCGGCUACCUGACCAAGUACGACUGCAGCGCCGCGGACAUCAACCCCAUCGGAGGCAUCUCCAAGGCAGGGCCCCGGCGCCUCGCCGCCCUGCAGCCUGCACGCCGGCCCUGCCCGUCCACCAGCGCCUGCCUGAGCGCGUGGUUUCUCACGGCAAAGCCUGCAGGUUGCUGCUGUACGUUGCGGUCGCAGGGUGACCUGAAGCGCUUCCUGCGGUGGGGCGCCACCCACCUGGGGUACGCCGCGCUGGCGUCGGUCGAGGCGGCGCCACCCACGGCGGAGCUGGAGCCCAUCAGGGAGGGCACCGCCCCCCAGACUGAUGAGGUGGACAUGGGCAUGACGUAUGACGACCUCGGGGUGUACGGGCGCCUGCGCAAGAUGGCGCGCUGCGGGCCCGUGAAGACGUUCUUCCGCUUCUACGCCAUCAACCGCCACAAGGCCACCGUGCUGACGCCCUCCUACCACGCGGAGAGCUACAGCCCCGACGACAACCGCUUCGACCACCGCCAGUUCCUGUACAACGUGGUCUGGACGUGGCAGUUCAGGCGCAUCGACGAGCUCGCUGUCGCGGCGCUCGGGAGCACGGGGGGCGCGCCGCCUGCGGCGGCGGCGGCGGCGGGCAAGUCUGACGGGGGAGGCCCCAUUCCUGAGGCAUCAUCGCUCUUUGAGGACGACUCCACCCAGGUGGUGAUCCGCUGCUUGACAGCGCGCGCGGUGCAGAAGGUCCUGCUGUCGCUGCAGGAGGUGGACGGCUGGGCCGCCCGCUGGCUCAACACCUUCUGCGCCACCCACCCGCCACUGGAUGGCGACAAGUUCAUCUCCGAGCUCAUGCUGGAGGCCCCUGCAGCCCUGGUGGACCCCUACUCUGGCCAAACCCACAUGGUGAACCCCACCCAGCUGGCCAGCGGCGUCCUGGCCGUCCGCAAGGAGCUCGCCGGCCACGUUGCCAAGCAGCUGCCCGGCGCGGUGCAGGCGGGGAGCGUAGGGGUGCUGCGGCGCCACCUGGAGGAGCACACCUACGUCAGCGGCAACGCGGGCAACGACGCGCCGCGCACCAGCUACCGCAACAACCGGCGCCAGCAGCGCACCGGCAGCAAGUGGCAGGAGGCCGCCAACUGA